AUGGUGGUUGUGGUAGAAAGGCAGGCCUUUGUGGUCAAACCACAUUUUUUCGAUGUUCCGCGAGGAAUUUCUAAAGCCGCCAAAUUUAUAGACGAUAUUGGAGUGAGUAUGGUCGACGACGAUACGGUUGACGAACCCCCAUUUCUUAUGGCUGUAAGGAAUGGUAACCUUGAUGAUGUACGAGGCCUGGUCAGUCAAGGAGCAGAUGUAAAUCAAGGUAAUGUUGAAGGCAUGACACCUUUGGCCAUUGCAGCAAAGGGCAGCAAAGUUGAAAUAUUGAAUUAUCUUAUCAAUCAAGGUGCUGAGAUAAGAAAGUUAGUUAAAGGAUUGACUCCAUUACACUUUGCUGCUUUCGUUGGUAGUUUUGAUGUCAUCAGGUAUCUCAUCAGCCAAGGAGCUGAGGUAGAUAAGUUGGGUAAAGGUGGUACUACAGCAUUACACCUUGCUGCUUUGAAUGGCCAUAUUGGCGUCACUAAAUAUUUGAUCAAUUAUGGAGCUCAAGUGAAUAAAAAAACAGAGGAUGGGUUUACAGCAUUACACUUAGCUGCUAUGAAUAGCAAUCUUGAUGUCAUUAAACAUCUGGUCAGUAAAGGAGCAGAGGUGAACCAGGGAGAGAAUGAUGACUGGACUGCAUUACAUCUAGCUUCUCAGGAUGGUCAUCUUGAAGUCAUUGAAUAUCUGAUCAGUGAAGGAGCAGAAAUAGGUAAAAGAGAGGCCAGAGGUUUUACUGCAUUACACAUUGCUGCUAUGCACAGUAAUUUUGAUGUCAUCAAGUAUCUGAUCAGUCAUGGGGCCGAGGUGAAGAAAGGAGAUAAUAAUGGAUGGACUGCUUUGCACAUUGCUGCUCAAUAUGGUAAUAUUGACAUCAAUAAAUACCUGAUCAGUCAAGGAGCUGAGGUGAACAAGGACAAUGUUAAUGGUGUGACUGCAUUCCAAAUUGCUGCUGUGGAAGGUAAUCUUGAGAUUAUGAAAUAUCUCGUUGGUCAAGGGGCCAAGAUAAAUAAAGGAGAGAGCCACGGUUGGAACGCAUUACACGCUGCUGCUCAGUUUGGUCUUUUUGAUGUCGCCAAGUACAUUAUCAGUCAAGGAGCUGAGGUGAACAAAGAAGAAAAACAUGGUUUGACUGCAUUGCACAUUGCUGCUAAGAGUGGUCAUCUUGAUGUCAUUAAAUAUCUGAUCAGUCAAGGAGCAGAGGUGAAGAAAGGAGAUAACAAGGAUUCGACUGCAUUACACACUGCGGCUCAGAAUGGCCAUCUUGAAGUCGUCAACGAACGGGCUGGGGUGAAUAAAGGAGAUAACGAUGGGUUUAAUGCGCUACACAUUGCUGCUCAUAAUGGUCAUCUUAGUGUCGUCAAAUAUCUGAUCAGUAAAGGGGCAGAGGUGAAUUUAGGAAGUAAUGUUGGGUGGACCUCCUUACACAUUGCUGCUCUGGAAGGUCAUCUUGAUGUCACCAAGUACGUAAUUAGUCAAGGGGCUGAAGUGAAUAGGGGGAAAAAAGAUAAUUCGACUGCGUUACACUGUGCUGCUCAGAAUGACCAUCUUGAUAUCAUCAAUUAUCUGAUCAGUGAAGGGGCUGAGAUUAAUAUGAAGAAUAGCGACGGCAUGACAGCAUUACUGAUGGCUGCGAAGUAUGACCAUCUUGAUGUCAUCAAAUCUCUUAUCAGUCAUCGGGCAGAGGUGAAUAUAGGAAAUAAUGAUGGCUCAACUGCCUUACACAUCGCUGCUCAAUAUGGUCAUCUUAGUGUCACCAAAUAUCUAAUCAGUCAAGGGAUAGAGAUUAACGUAGGAAAUAACAAUGGUAUGACUGCAUUACUGGCGGCUGCCAGUGAAGGUCAUAUUGAUGUCGUCAAAUGUCUGAUCAGUCAAAGGGCAGAGGUCGAUAAAGGAAACAAUAAUGGGGUUACUGCCUUCCACAUUGCUGCUAAAAAUGAUCAUCUUGAUGUCGUAAAAUAUCUUAUCAGUCGAGGGGUAGAGGUGGAUAAAAGAGAAAACGAAGGUUGGACCGCAUUACACAGUGCUGCUAAGAAAGGCCAUUUUGAUGUUGUCAAAUAUCUGAUCAGUCAUGGGGCAGAGGUAAAUAUAGCAAAUAACAGUGGUUUGGCUGCAUUACACAUUGCUGCUCUGGAAGGUCAUCUUCAGGUCACCAAGUACUUAAUUAGUCAAGGAGCUGAAGUGGAUAGAGGGAAAGAAGAUACUUUGACUGCGUUAUACUGUGCUUCUUAUAAUGACCAUCUUGAUAUUAUAAAAUAUCUCAUUAGUCAAGGGGCUGGGAUUAAUGUAGGAAAUGCAAAUGGCUGGACUGCAUUAAUGAUAGCUGUCAAUCAAGGCCAUCUAGAUGUUACCAAAUAUCUGAUCAGUCAAGGAGCUGAGGUGAAUAAAGGGAAUAACCAUGGCGCGACUGCAGUACUGAUAGCUGCCAGUAAAGGUCAUCUUGAUGUAAUAAAAUAUCUGAUCAGUCAAGGGGCCGAGGAUAAUAAAGGAGAUAACGAUGAAUCGACUGCCUUACACGCAGCUGGUCUGAAUGGUAAUCUUGAAGUCACUAAGUACUUAAUCAGUCAGGGAGCUGAAGUGAAUAUAGGAAAGCACGAUGGUUGGACUGCAUUACACGCUGCUGCUCAUAAUGGCCAUCUUGAUGUUACCAAAUAUCUGAUCAGUCAUGGAGCUGAGGUGAAUAAAGGGAAUAACGAUGGAUCGACUGCCUUACAUAUUGCUGGUCUGAAUGGUCAUCUUGAUGUCAUCAAGUAUUUAAUCAGUCAAGGGGCUGAAGUGAAUAGAAAAGGAGACAAUGGUAGAACUGCUUUAUACUGCGCUGCUCAAAAUGGCCGUCUUGAUGUUACCAAAUAUUUGAUCAGUGAAGGCGCAGAGGUGAAUAUAGGAGAUAAUGUUGGUUUCACUGCCUUACAUAUUGCUGCUCUAAGUGGCCAUCUUGAAGUCACUAAGUACUUAAUCAGUCAGGGAGCUGAAGUGAAUAGAGGAAAGCACGAUGGUUGGACUGCAUUACACGCUGCUGCUCAUAAUGGCCAUCUUGAUGUUACCAAAUAUCUGAUCAGUCAUGGAGCUGAGGUGAAUAUAGCAAAUAACAGUGGUUUGGCUGCAUUACACAUUGCUGCUCUGGAAGGUCAUCUCCAGGUCACCAAGUACUUAAUUAGUCAAGGAGCUGAAGUGGAUAGAGGGAAAGAAGAUACUUUGACUGCGUUACACUGUGCUUCUCAUAAUGACCAUCUUGAUAUUAUAAAAUAUCUCAUUAGUCAAGGGGCUGGGAUUAAUGUAGGAAAUGCAAAUGGCUGGACUGCAUUAAUGAUAGCUGUCAAUCAAGACCAUCUAGAUGUUACCAAAUAUCUGAUCAGUCAAGGAGCUGAGGUGAAUAAAGGGAAUAACCAUGGCGCGACUGCAGUACUGAUAGCUGCCAGUAAAGGUCAUCUUGAUGUAAUAAAAUAUCUGAUCAGUCAAGGGGCCGAGGUGAAUAAAGGAGAUAACGAUGAAUCGACUGCCUUACACGCAGCUGGUCUGAAUGGUAAUCUUGAAGUCACUAAGUACUUAAUCAGUCAGGGAGCUGAAGUGAAUAUAGGAAAGCACGAUGGUUGGACUGCAUUACACGCUGCUGCUCAUAAUGGCCAUCUUGAUGUUACCAAAUAUCUGAUCAGUCAUGGAGCUGAGGUGAAUAAAGGGAAUAACGAUGGAUCGACUGCCUUACAUAUUGCUGGUCUGAAUGGUCAUCUUGAUGUCAUCAAGUAUUUAAUCAGUCAAGGGGCUGAAGUGAAUAGAAAAAGAGACAAUGGUAGAACUGCUUUAUACUGCGCUGCUCAAAAUGGCCGUCUUGAUGUUACCAAAUAUUUGAUCAGUGAAGGCGCAGAGGUGAAUAUAGGAGAUAAUGUUGGUUUCACUGCCUUACAUAUUGCUGCUCUAAGUGGCCAUCUUGAAGUCACUAAGUACUUAAUCAGUCAGGGAGCUGAAGUGAAUAGAGGAAAGCACGAUGGUUGGACUGCAUUACACGCUGCUGCACAUAAUGGCCAUCUUGAUGUUACCAAAUAUCUGAUCAGUCAUGGAGCUGAGGUGAAUAAAGGGAAUAACGAUGGAUCGACUGCCUUACAUAUUGCUGGUCUGAAUGGUCAUCUUGAUGUCAUCAAGUAUUUAAUCAGUCAAGGGGCUGAAGUGAAUAGAAAAAGAGACAAUGGUAGAACUGCUUUAUACUGCGCUGCUCAAAAUGGCCGUCUUGAUGUUACCAAAUAUUUGAUCAGUGAAGGCGCAGAGGUGAAUAUAGGAGAUAAUGUUGGUUUCACUGCCUUACAUAUUGCUGCUCUAAGUGGCCAUCUUGAAGUCACUAAGUACUUAAUCAGUCAGGGAGCUGAAGUGAAUAGAGGAAAGCACGAUGGUUGGACUGCAUUGCACGCUGCUGCUCAAAAUGGCCAUCUUGAUGUUACCAAAUAUCUGAUCAGUCAUGGAGCUGAGGUGAAUAAAGGGAAUAAUCAUGGAUCGACUGCCUUACAUAUUGCUGGUCUGAAUGGUCAUCUUGAUGUCAUCAAGUAUUUAAUCAGUCAAGGGGCUGAAGUGAAUAGAAAAAGAGACAAUGGUAGAACUGCAUUACACGCUGCUGCUCAUAAUGGCCAUCUUGAUGUUACCAAAUAUCUGAUCAGCCAUGGAGCUGAGGUGAAUAUAGGAGAUAAUGUUGGUUUCACUGCCUUACAUAUUGCUGCUCUAAGUGGCCAUCUUGAAGUCACUAAGUACUUAAUCAGUCAGGGAGCUGAAGUGAAUAGAGGAAAGCACGAUGGUUGGACUGCAUUGCACGCUGCUGCUCAAAAUGGCCAUCUUGAUGUUACCAAAUAUCUGAUCAGUCAUGGAGCUGAGGUGAACAAGAAGGUUGAUAAUGGUUUGACUGCUUUAGACUUUGCUGUUUUCGGAAAUCAUCCUGAUGCCGUUGACAAGCCUGCUUGUGACCGUCUUGGCAGAGAAAGCCCUCGCGAGCAGAGCCAUCUUUCUAUGUUACAUCAGCUCAUGAACAUUGCGGACCUUCGAGAAACUAGUUCCAAUACUGAGGACAUCCACCUUGCUGUCCAAAAUGGUAAUACCGCCCGUAUUGAGGGGUUCGUGUCUCAAGGAGCUUAUCUCAAUGUCCAGUCAGCAGAUGGUCAAAUGUGUCUUCAAGAAGCCAUCAAACUCUCCUACGAAACUGAAAGAAAUGCAGACGAAAGCGUCACGCUACGAAAGAUUUCUAACGAGUACUACGGUGGAAACCUCUCACCUGAGAAGGCUUUGGUGUUCUAUCUACUUGAUAAUGGAGCGAAGACAGAUGUGGGAGAUAGGUCAGGAAAACUUCCGAUCUACUAUGCCAAGGAUGAAGUGGUGAAACAGGUGAUCUUGGCGAGGUGA